CACAUCGUGUGUAUCGACUUCAUCGAACAACAGAAAAUUCAAAUCCUUCGAUUAUCACAGAGAGAGAGAGAGAUGGUGACCGUCGAUUUGCGAUUGGAGGCGUUAGCUUUCAACUACGUGAGCUUCGGGAUCUUCUCUGUCGUCAACAACCUCUGGACAUGGAUCGCCGUAGCCACCGCUGCCGUCAGUUUCUGGAGGAUCCGAGCCACCACCGGCGGCGAUUCCUCAUCUCCGAUGAUGAUCGACCACUGCUCCGCCGUGUCCGAGGAAAUCGGGGCUGAAUCUGAGAACAAAGCCUCUCCGAACGACGACAUCGAACCGCAAUCGACGGGAACUCCAGCGGUGGAAACCGCAACGGCGAUUUGGACGCCGUUAAUGUGCGGUGUCGGAGUAACGAAGGGUAAGCUGACGGCGUACUACGAAAAUGACGGAGAAAGCGAUAAUGAUGACGGAGAAUUAACGGCGAUUAGUAACGGAGUAAAGAAAGGGAAGCUGAUGCUGUACUACGACGGUGACAGAGAGAGGGAUAGCAAUGACGGAGGAGUAUUGAGGACGAUGAACGGAGAAGACGAUUGGUACCGUUACGUAGAUUUAACUGUGAUUAACGGAAACGUGGUGAGGUUGUGGGAUGAUAACGGAGUCCGUAACUGCGUCAGGUUCAGUGUACAGCGCAAGUUGUGCUGUGGUUGGUAGAUUGUCUGUACGGUCUAAUUAAUUAUUAAUUAAAUUAUUAAAAUCCGAGGGUAGUUAUUCUUAAACCCCUUUUUAAGGAUUAAGAGAAAAAAAAAGUUGUUAAUAUUAUU